AACACCGUCGUUCACUCAUUUAAUAACGGAAUAAUCAACCCAACGCAACUCAACUUAAUGGCUGACGGAACAACAAGAUCUGAAUCUACAAAAUCUCACCCAGAGGAAGUAGUAAAAGCCCCAAAUGUGAUCGAAAGAGGCAAGGAAGAGAUCGAUGCAAAGAUUCACUCCGAGAAGUCACCUAGUCAUGAUAAGGAAACACAUGGAACAAGCAACGACAUAGAUGAAGACACGCCGAUAGAAAAAGUCAAAGGACCGGGCAUUCUUGAAAGGGCGAAAGAAGAGGCUGAAGCUGUUGUCGAAGCAAUUAUUCACCCGAACAAGUAAAAUCUGUUAGCGGUAAAAUCACUUGUUGUUAGUAUGUGUGCUACGUAUCGAUACUUGAUCAUUUCCUAGUCCUGUUGCUAUAGCAUGAUCCUUUUAUAAUCACCUCUCGUCGAUAGGAAGAAAUCAAGUAUGUUUGUUGUUUCAUUGCCUAGUUCCCCUGUCUUUGCAGCUCUUGUAGGCUGCGGUUAUGUUGUCAUAACAUGUUAGUUAGGAAUGCGUACGAUUUGGAGAAAACUGAAUAAAUCAGAGAAAUUUGGCUAGUUUAGCCAUACUGGCUGUUGAUAUGUCGUAUACAUGGUCUGGUUUGGGCACGAAGGUCCUAAACCGGCUAGUCAAGCCAAGCCAAACCAAACCGUUUAUGUUUAGAUUAAAUACAUAUAGAUUUAUAACGCCCAGUUAGUUGUUGGAGUAUGCUUUUGUUUUUAGAGGUUAUACAAGUUCUAAACCCAUGUCUUUUUUUUAUGACCUAUGUUGCUAUGUCCUUUUAGUAUACUUGGUUAAUAAAUUCUUUUUUCUUUCAAA